CAGCGACUUCCAGGGUCACCAACUGCAGCCUCGCUAUAAACAUCAUUUACUAAAUUAGUUACACCUGUGCUGUCCCUGCUGCGACAACCAAGUCAAAAUGUCUGCUGUGGAAAAGUUCGCCUAGUUACCCUGUUACUCUGCAGUCCUUUUUUUUUUUUUUUUUUUUUCAUUUUAAGAGUUAUAUCAGUUGUGAUUUAGACAGACUGUUCUAGCGUGAAGUUGGAGUUUACUGUUAGACAACGAAUUUACUAUGUACUGAAAUGCGUGAGAUGAUGUUCUUCACAACACCAAGUUGUGGCCGAUUUGGCAACAGCCAAAAUGACAAGCAACGGACCUGUCAUCGUCUACGAGUGGCUGAAGACCCUCCAGCUUGCCCAGUAUGUCGAGUCUUUUGUGGAUAAUGGAUAUGACGAUCUGGAGGUUUGCAAACAAAUCGGAGACCCCGACCUGGAUGCCAUCGGCGUCUAUAUCCCUCACCACAGACAGAGGAUUCACGACGCGGUGCGGAGGCUGAAGGAGGAAGCCAAAGAGACGGCGAGUGGACUCUACUUCACCUUGGAGCCGAUGCCCCCCGCAGCCGAGAUUUAUACCAGUCACAUGGUGGACCAGUACGAGUCCAAACUGCGGGGAUCCAAGUCCUGGACCGAGCCCAACAGUGAGCGGGUCGGGCGCAACGGUGGGUACGCGGGCGCGCAGAGGAACCUGACGCUGGGCAACAGGAGGGAGCCGGUGGUGUAUCCCAAGCUGAAGCUGAAGAUCAUGAUCAGAGAUAAACUCAUCCGAGAUGGCAUUAACCUCGCCAAGCCGCCCUACUCUAAUAAGGAUGGUUCUCUGGGCAACAUAGAUGACCUUGCCCAGGAGUACUCUGAGUACUACAACACCUGCUUCAGUGACGUCAGCGACCGCAUGGAGGAGCUACGCAAACGACGAGUCUCACAAGAGCUUGACAUGGAGAAACAGGACCCAAGCAGCACUUCUCUGCAGCUCCGUAAUGAGAUCCAGGAAUCAUUAGGCUUCAGCAGUGAGGUUUCAACUCCAGAAACGGACAGGAAAAUGCCCCUGCACAAGUCCAGCUCUGAAGAUGGAUCUGGAGGCAAAUGGGACAACAAGAAGAAAAACAAAUCUUUUUGGCAGAAUUUCCGCAAGUCUCAACAUAAACCUGUCAUGCGACAGACAUCCAAAGGAGAGGACAUUGGCUAUGUAGCCAGUGAGAUCACAAUGAGCGAUGAAGAGCGAAUCCAGCUGAUGAUGAUGGUGAAAGAGAAGAUGAUCACCGUAGAAGAAGCUCUAGCUCGGCUGAAGGAGUAUGAGCGCAGCAGACAGUCCAGCAGUACUGACACUGCAGAGUGGACUGAUGGAUCUGCACCCAAUCUAAACCAGUCCUCAAACUGCAACUCUCGUGAACAGUCAGACGAUGAGCAAUCAGAGGACUCUGUGAAGUUCAAACGGCUUCACAAACUGGUAAACUCAACACGCCGGGUCAGGAAAAAACUCAUCAAGGUGGAAGAGGGCAAGAAACAUGGUUCUGAAGAUUUUCUGAAUCUGGAGGCACCUCCCACCUGUGAGGACAACACAGCUCUGUAUACAGGGGUCCUAAAGAAGCCGGCUUUGCCCCAGGAGGCCUCUCUGCCCUCCCUCACCCAGGAUCAACUCUCUCUCGAUGGAGACACAGACAGUCUGACCACCUCCCCUUCCUCCAGCAGCUUGGACACCUGGUCUGGGCACAAGUUGGUCAAAACCUUUAGUAAGUCUUCCAGUACCCACGGUCUCAUCCGGCCCCCCAGGAGAACCCCGGUCGGCUCUGGGGGCCUGGGAGGUUCCAUCUCCGGCGUUGGAGGCAGUGGCUCUUCCUUCUCAGAGUUGGAUGGCUGUGGAUUGGACGACGAGGGGAAACUGUCACGCUCCACGACUGACGGCGAGAUGCGGAAGGCCCUGAGCUCCAUCUCCCAUGGGAGAACAUGCAGCUUCGGAGGCUUUGACCUGUCCAACCGUUCGCUCCAUGUGGUCAACACAGGCUCGGAGGCCAAUAACAAAGAACAGGAGGCUAUAUACAGGGAAGUGGUCAAAUCCCCCACUACGUCCCGGAUCUCACUGGGCAAAAAGGUCAAGUCGGUCAAGGAGACGAUGAGGAAACGUAUGUCGAAGAAGUACAGCAGCUCCUUUUCUGAACAGUCCAGUCCGGAUGGAGCCCCCGGUUCCCCUCAGUCCCCUCAGCCCGACACCGACUCUCUGGAGAAGCCGAAGCUUAAGGCUGGAGGCUCGGUGGAAAGUCUGCGUAGUUCACUCAGCGGACAAAGUUCAAUGAGUGGUCAAACAGUGAGCACCACUGACUCAUCGGCCAGUAACAGAGAAAGCGUGAAGUCGGAGGAUGGUGAUGAUGAGGAGCCGCCUUAUAGAGGACCAUUCUGUGGUCGCGCCCGAGUCCACACCGACUUCACCCCCAGUCCCUACGAUACAGACUCCCUCAAACUGAAGCGUGGGGAUGUGAUUGACAUCAUCAGUAAGCCACCCAUGGGAACAUGGAUGGGCCUGCUCAACAACAAAGUGGGCACGUUCAAGUUCAUCUACGUAGACGUGCUGAGUGAAGAGGAGGAGAAACCUAAAAGGCCCGUGAGGAGGAGGAGGAAGGGCCGACCACCCAAACCCACCUCCGUGGAGGAGCUGUUGGAGCGCAUCAACCUCAAGGAGCACAUGCCUACUUUCCUGUUCAACGGCUACGAGGACCUAGACACAUUCAAGUUGCUUGAAGAGGAGGACCUGGAUGAGCUGAACAUCAGAGAUCCUCAGCACAGAGCUGUGUUGCUUACCGCUGUAGAGCUGCUGCAAGAGUAUGACAGCAGCAGUGAUCCAGAGCGCAGCGGCCUGUCUGGGUCCCAGGAGAAGCUGCUGUCUGAGGGUCAGGGCCUGGUGGGAGACUCCCCGCGGGACUCUGGGUGCUACGAGAGCAAUGAGAACCUGGAGAAUGGUAAGAGCAGGAAAGCUUCCCGUGCCAGUCGGUCUUCAGCAGGCCUCCAGUCUCCAGACUACCCUACCCUGCCAAUGACCCUUUCAACAGAAGCUCUGCAACAGAACAGCAAGAACCAGCGCACAAAGUUCCCGAAAAGCUUCUUCAUCAAACCCUCUUUGAAGGGCUUCAACCUGCUGGGUCUACGCAAAGCCCAAAGACAGUCCCCCAUCCCAGCCAGCCGCAGCUGUGAGGACUUGGAUGGACCACCGCAGCCCACUGGACCCUGGAAACGCUCCCACUCUCUGGGAGAUCUGCACUGGGAUCAGACUUGCGAGCAGAAGAAGGAUCUGAGUGUGGAGUUUAAACCCACAGAGGAAGGACCCAAAUCAGGCAACAGUAGCCCCACCAAGCUCUGUAAAGAUAAGUGUUCCCCGCCUCACAAUGGGACUCCAACAGUGAGCCCUAAAGGAAGGGCUGAGAGACCACCCAUACCCUCCCAGCUGCCUCUCCACCCCCCUUGUUCCAUAACACAGUCCCCUGGUCACCCAGAGUCCCUCUCCAGUUCUACUCCAAGUCCCCCUGAAUCUAGUGGGGAGAGGGUCAUUCGGACUCACCCCAAAAAGCCUCCAGUCCCCCCUCCUGUUCCUGCCAAAAAGUCCAAGGAAAGACUAGCUAAUGGCCUACGUCACCCCCCUCUCUCCCUGCCCUCCUCGCCAUCUCCCAUUCCCUCCCCUACCCACUCCCUCACCCGUUCUCACCCCAGUAGCCCCAUAAUCCGAAGCAGCAGCAGCAGCCCCAAUGCCCCUGCUCUACCUGCCAAGACCCCGAGCACCCCCACCAGCCCCUGUGCCACCUCAUCGGCCUCAUCCAUGGGCGAGGAGGCAGGCACUCCCCCAGCAGUCCAGCCUCCAUGGCUCUCAGAUCUUGGGGGAAAGGUGGCUGUUGCAAGAAAAGUUUCCCACACCAAGAUGAGUUGUGAUCUGUUCACCUUGCUGGAGCAACGGCUGGAGGCCGAGGGAAUCGAUCUAACAGAGGAGCCCUACUCUGACAAGCAUGGCCGGUGUGGGAUCCCGCAGCCACUGGUGCAGCGUUACUCUGAGGACUUGGAGCAGCCUGUCAAGGACGUGGCCUCCACCAUGGACCAGCUCCGAGUCAAGGAGCUCCGUAAACAACACCGCAUGGCUAUUCCCUCUGGAGGUUUGACUGAGAUGUGCCGAAAGCCUCUGCCCUCAUGUAACAUCAGCACAGUCUCUGACUGGCUCAUCUCCAUCGGCCUGCCCAUGUACGCCCCAUCCUUGGCGGCGGCAGGAGUCGACACGCUGAGCCGUGUGGCCUUGUUAACAGAGAGUAGUGUGUGGGAAGCCGGGGUACGGGAUCAGAGACACGCCCGCCGUCUGGUCAGUGAGGCGCGACUGGUCAGCGCGCACAGAGAGGUGCAGUCCUAACCAUGUUGGUGGAGUCAGGUUGGACAACAGGUAUCAACUCACUGGUCAGUACCGUCUCAUUUAAACAUGGUCAGUAGGUGGCCAAAGACAAAUUUGCCACAGGACUGAACUACGACGCAGGUGACCACAGCACUACAGUAACUUCCUCGAUUACACGUGUCAAAAGAAUGAUAGGGAGCCAACCUGCUCUCUGACUUUGUCUCCAUCAUAUUGACUUUUCAAAUGUUUACGGCAUUGAGGAGUUUCUCCUAACAGCCAAGACAAAAUAUCAGAUGCCUUUAAAAAAAAAAAAAAAAAAA